GACUGAUGCCUGGUACUUUAGUGGAGAAGUGACCAGCUGUGAGACUCUUCUCCUGGGAGUUUUGGGUGAGUGGAAACAUGGUGUUCUGUUGUGGCUACAGAAAGGUCUGGGUCUGGCUGACUGUGAUGGCCUUGGUCUGCGUGUCGACCAUCGUGGGACUGUGGGUGUACCAGCUCACCUCUUUCCCGCCUCCCACCGAGCCAUGGGACCGCCACCGGCUCCCCGACACACUGGUGCCGGACCACUACUACGUGACGCUGUGGCCUCGGCUAGAACCCGACGCCACUGGCACGUACGUCUUCACGGGCAAGUCCAGCGUGCGAUUCAGGAGCCUCCGUGACACCAGCCUCAUCAUCCUCCACUGCAAGCAGCUGAAGCUUACCACCAUGGACAAGCACCUGGCCAGACUCACUGCCAUCAGUGGCACGGCCCCCGAAAUCCGCAAGACCUGGCUCCAUGUCCCCAUGCAGUACCUGGUGAUCCAGCUGAAUGGUGUGCUCAAGACCGGCCAGGACUAUAAGUUGUACACUGAGUUUGAGGGAGAGCUCUCGGAUGACCUGGAAGGGCUCUACAGGAGUGAGUACUAUGAAGACGGGCUACAAAAGGUGGUGGCCACCAGUCAGAUGCACCCAACACACGCCAGGAAAACCUUCCCCUGCUUUGAUGAGCCUGCCAUGAAAGCUGUCUUCCACAUCACCGUCCUUCACAAGCGUGGGACAGUGGCCCUGUCCAACGGCAAAGAACUUGCCGUUGUGGAUACUAUUGUUGGUGGCCAGGCUGUCACCCAGACCACCUUCGAGCAGACUAAGAAAAUGUCCACCUACUUAUUGGCUCUGGUGGUCAGCGAUUACAGUAAUGUGACAUCACAAAAUGGCAGCACUCUGAUAAGGAUCUGGGCUCGUAAGAGCGCCAUCUCUGGAGGCCAAGGGGACUACGCUCUGAAUGUGACAGUACCUGUGCUCAAGUUCUUUGAAGAUUACUACAGCAUCCCCUACCCUCUCACCAAGUCAGACCAGAUUGCACUGCCUGAUUUUUACUUUGGGGCAAUGGAGAACUGGGGUCUUGUUACAUAUAGAGAAGCCAACCUACUCUAUGAUCCAGUCGUAUCGUCUAAUAGGAACAAAGAGACAACAGCUACAAUCAUCGCCCAUGAACUGGCACACAUGUGGUUUGGAAACCUGGUGACCCUGAAAUGGUGGAAUGAGGUUUGGUUGAAUGAGGGCUUUGCUUCAUACGUCUCUUACCUGGGGGCCGACAACGCAGAACCUACUUGGAAUGUGAAAGACCUCAUAGUGUUGGACGACGUGCACAGAGUGUUUGCAGUGGACGCACUGGCCUCCUCUCAUCCCCUAUCCUCCAAAGAGGAUGAAAUCCAGAGGCCUGAGCAGAUCAGUGAGCUCUUUGAUGCCAUCUCCUACAGCAAGGGUGCCUCAGUUUUGCGGAUGCUGUCUGACUUCCUCACUGAGCCUGUGUUCAUCCAGGGACUCAAAACAUAUCUGAAUGACUUUGCCUACAGUAACACAGAAAGUUCAGACCUGUGGGAUCAUCUACAGCAGGCCGUCGAAAAGACUGGAACCAGUUUGCCAGCCAGAGUCCAUGACAUCAUGAACCGCUGGGUCCUACAGAUGGGUUUUCCUGUGGUUUUCAUAGAUACUGCCACCGGAACUGUAUCCCAGCAACACUUCCUGCUGGACCCUGACUCUGUGGUGGACAGGCCGUCUGACUUCAACUAUCAGUGGAUCGUGCCCAUAAGAUGGAUGGAGUUCGGAGGAACUAACACAGUCUCUUGGCUCCUGGAGAAACAUGCUGUUCAUAGUGAAAUGAAAACGAGCGGACAACAGUGGUUACUGGCGAACGUUAAUGUUACUGGGUACUACAGAGUUAAUUAUGACACUGCAAAUUGGGAUAAGAUUCUCACCCAGCUCCGUUCGGAUCAUAAGGUAAUUCCUGUAAUCAACAGAGCGCAACUUGUUGAUGAUGCUUUCAAUCUUGCAAGGGCUAAAAUGGUCCCGAUGAGUGUAGCUCUGAACACAACAACAUAUCUCACUCAUGAAAGGGAAUAUAUGCCAUGGGAGUCAACGCUGAACAACCUGGAUUACUUAUACCUUAUGUUCGAUGGAACAGAUGUAUAUGGAUUGAUGCAGCUAUACCUCAAAAAACAAGUGGAGCCCCUGUAUGCUUACUUCAAGGAGAUCACAUUAGACUGGUCAAAAGUACCUGAUGGCCACACCGAACAAUACCUCCAGGUCAAUGCUCUACGAGUGGCCUGUAGUACUGGGGUCGAUGGCUGCCAGAAUCUCACCUCAACCUGGUUCAGUCAGUGGAUGGCUCAGCCUCAGAACAACAUCAUCGACCCCAACCUCAGGGCGACGGUCUACUGCAGUGCCGUGGCCAGCGGAGGUGAAGAGGAGUGGAACUUUGGCUGGCAGAUGUUCAAGAAUGCUCCCAUUGCCAUAGAGGCAAACAAACUCAUGUCCUCCCUGGCUUGCACUAAAAACACCACACUUUUAAACCGGUAUCUGAGCUACACGUUGAACGCUAACAAAAUUCGGAAACAAGAUGCUACUAGCGUUAUUGUUUCUAUUGCCAGUAAUGUGGAGGGGCAGACCUUGGCCUGGGACUUUGUGAGAACAAACUGGGAGUACAUGUUCACAGAAUUUGGAGUCGGAUCUUUUUCAUUUGCCAGUCUCAUAAGUGGCGUGACUGCAAGUUUCACUACCCAAGCAGAGCUGGAUCAGCUGGUUGAGUUUAAGGAGCAGAACGCUGACAUUGGGUUCGGGUCGGGCACCACUGCUCUGGAGCAGGCCCUGGAGAGGACUCGUGCCAACAUCAGAUGGGUAGCUGAAAACCAGGACGAGAUUAGAGACUGGUUCGUCCAACACACAUAACCAACCCAUCACAGAGUGAAAUGAGCAUUCAUAGAGAAGCUGGUGAUGGUACUGGGCAACUAUUGUUUAUAAAAGCAUGUGUUGAAACAUUGAUAUAUCUGAGGUGCCCACCUUGAAGAAAUUAGAUUCUGUUACCAUGAUUUCAAUCGAGUAGUAUACUAGUAGCACUGAACCUAUUACUACCUUUCCAUUGAGAUUUGUCUGCUGUGUCUUAAGUAUGUGUGGGGAGAAGUAGGUCUUAUCCACACCGACAAGGACAUAUCUGAAAAUGCAUGUUUUGGCCACACCAAAAAAAGGUCUAGAUUAGACAGAUUUAACUAACACUUUUUGUGGAAGUGACACCCUUUCAGGCCAAAUGUGGCCUUCCUGAAGUAGGGAAGUGUGAGAGCUAGAAUGUGGCCCCAGACAUGAUCUCCAUGGGGGGUGCCAUCCUGCUCUGUUUGGGUAGGACAAACGCUAGCACUGUCCCUGCAUUGAGGGCCAUGUAACCCCCAGUGUUCAGACAACCAGAUUUGAAAAAAUCAGCUCAAUUCUUUGGAACUAUUUUAAAUGUAAUUAAUUUAAUUAAAUAAAAUAAGUAGUACAGAA